CAUGAACAGUUAUUAACUCUAGCAACACUAAUGUGAGACUGCCCUAAAUAUUGCACAUUUUAGUUUUUAUGCUUUACCCAGCCUCAUUCCCAGCAUAAACCUUAUAAUUUAGCUUUAAAACUUUCAAUUUGAUUACUGUUUUUUACCUAGUAAUAGGAACAACUUGGUAGAUGGAGAAACCAUUUCUGUUUAUUGGAACAUUUUACUUAGAUGUAGGAGCAAAUUUUAGUUGGGUGCCAAGCCUUUUUGGCAUAGAGUUAGAAAACACUUUGACAUUGCAAAACUUGGUUCAUUCUUGCAGCUCCCUCCUGCAAAACAAGUUGACAUUAAAUGACUUGUUAUUUAUAGGUACUGUAUAGGAAUGAUGGAUUUUGAUGAACUAAGGGUGUUAAAGAAUAUUAGAAAACAUGGCAAAAGGAGCUGGCUGAUACAUGAAUUCAGCUUGAUUUGUUGAAUGGUGACACAGUUCAUUCCUCUUCUGUUGUCCUUGUAUGUGAGAGCAAAGCAGGGAGUGUGAGUCACUAAUAAAUAUAAGUUGGAGAAGUGCUCGUUACUCAAAGCAGUAACAGAGAGGAAUUUACAAAUCCUUUGAGUAGUUGAAGGAGAAUAAAACAUAUUUUAUAGAGAAAAGUAAAUACUGUACAUUAAGGUAAAAGGAAUCUGAUGAGGGUUGUUCAGAUUAGGAGCAAAUUUCCGUGGAGCAGAAGAUUAGGCCAGAUUAUCUGAAUGAGGGUGAUUUUCAUCAAUGCAAUUUCAAAUAUGGAAGUAAUGAUACUUCCUGAUAAAUUAACAUUUUCGAACAAUAGUUAUAUGUCAUUGCAGUGUCAAAGGAUUCAAAGUACAAUUAUUAUCAAAGCAUGUAUGCAGUAUACAACUCUAAGAUUUGUCUUCUCCACAGAGAGCAAUUAAACAAAGAAAAUCAUGGAACCUGUUCAAAGAUUUAAAAAAAUGCAAAAACCAGCAACGCAAAUUGCACAACUGGCAACAAAAACAUCAUCCACCCAUUCAUGCAAUAAACAAAUUGCAUAAACUGCAACAAAAACAACAGCCCCCCCCGUGCAAAAACCAAAUUGUGCAAACAGCGAAAGGACCAUCAACCACCCCUUGCACAAUAAACAAAUCGCACAAGCGGCAACAAGAACUUCAACCCCCCCGCGCAAAAAAACGAAUUCUGCAAUCAGCAACUAGACCAUCAACACCCCCUCGCGCAAUAAACAAAUCGCACAAGCGGCAACAAGAACAUCAACCCCCCCCGCGCAAAAAAACGAAUUCUGCAAUCAGCAACUAGACCAUCAACACCCCCUCGCGCAAUAAACAAAUCGCACAAGCGGCAACAAGAACAUCAACCCCCCCGCGCAAAAAAACGAAUUCUGCAAACAGCAACUAGACCAUCAACACCCCCUCACGCAAUAAAGAAACUGUGCAAACAGGAACAAGAAAAAAUUAGCGUUAACACAGAAAAUAACACACAAAAUCGAAAGAGUCCAUAUUCAGUUCAGCUCAGUGUUCAUUAUCUGCAGGCCGGCCUGAUUCAAAGUCGCCCAAAAUAGCAAAAUAGCAACAGAAAAAGGAACGACCGGGAACUACUGUCCAAUACACAAACCACAGACCCAAAACUUCGGUUCCAUCGUCUGACAGCAUCGAGGGCGAGAGAGAGACUUAUAAUCAGAUCAUGGUAAUGGAUGCGAAAUAUUUGGCACUGAUAAUAUUCUGUUAUAUUUUGGGAAGAACUCAAGGAUGUCUGAUUGGCAAGUGUUUUUCAAAAAGCUCUGCACGAGUAUCCGUUACUGAAGGGCAGCAUGUCCGUUUAGCGUGCAAUCUGUGUAAUGCAUCCACUCCUCUUGAUAUGAGCAGUCUUCAAGCAUGCAGAUUUAACAUCACCUGGUACAAACAUACUCCUGAAGGUGGUCAUAGAAACAUUUUACGAGAAGCAGGCAGGAUUACCUAUGAAGAAACCUCAUUAGGAUUUUGGCCUGUCUUUGUGAAUGACACUGGGAGUUAUAGUUGUUCUGUUUUCAAUAGAACUUAUAAUGUUAGUAGUGCAGUCACAGCUUUGAAUGUACACAAGUAUGAAGGAUUAUGCGAUGUCCAGUUCUUUGAUCAUGUGGAAACUAUUGGAAAAGAAUAUACGCUGUCCUGUCCAAAUUUGGAAGUUUACAACAGCAAUGAAGAUAAUAUUACGUGGGUGAAGAACUGCAAGGACAAAGUUCACACAGGGAAUACAUACACCAUUAGUAAAGUAGAGGAAAAGAGUGCUGGAAAUUACAUGUGUGUACUCACCCUAGGAAAAGAUGGAGUGGAAUAUAAUGUUACAAGAACAAUAAGACUGAAGACCAGAGAUCAUAUUGAACGAUUUAUACCAAAAUUAAUUUAUCCUGGUAGGAGAGAGCAAAUUGAUGUUAAGCUCGGAGAUGCAAAAAAAAUUGAAUGCAAAGCUGUUCUUGGCCAGAAAAACAAUGAAUUCUGCAUGCUGUAUUGGUUAUUUAAUGAGAGGGACUUUGACACAAACGGAGAAGAUCCUGUCUAUGAACGCCAUAAGAGGGUUGUCACAAAAGGCAGUAGAACAUAUCAGAUAAGCACCCUGGUGUUCAAAAAAAUUGAAAAAGAGCAUCUGAAUGAACCUUUCAUUUGUAAAUUAAUUUGUCCAGAGACGGACUUAAAUGGCACUGUCACUCUUCGGGAAAAAGGCAAAUAUGACUUCUGUCUAAUAUUCCUGCUACUGUUUUCAACCUUGGUUGUUAUCAUUAUUGUAGCAGUGGUCUAUGCCAGGUUCAAAAUAGACUUGGCCCUUUGCUUCAGGGACUUAAUUUCCAAGGAUGAAACUCUACAAGACAGUAAGGAAUAUGAUGCCUACGUAUUGCUUCUUAAGAGUAAAGAGACUGUCAUCUGCGCUGAGGUAGAAGCUUUUGCUUUGAAACUAUUACCCACAAUUCUAGAACAAAAAUUUGGCUAUCGUUUGUGCAUUUUUGAACGUGAUGUGCUUCCUGGAUCAGCUUCUGUCGAUGAAAUGCUUUGCUACAUCAACAAAUCCAGAACCUUGAUUAUAAUACUCUGUGCUGAAUAUAUGGCAAAUGACAGUUCUAUGUAUGGCUUGAUGACAGGUCUUCAUCAAGCCUUGGUCGAGAGGUUAAUAAAGCCAAUACUUAUUGAAUAUAUUCCAAUACGAGACACAACAUUUUUACCACUGUCACUUCAGCUUAUUUUGAAAUCAGACAGGACAGUGAAGUGGACGAAUGAAUCUCUACCACAGAAUUCAUACUUUUGGAAAAAGAUAAGAUACCUUAUGCCAGCAAAAUACACUAACGCAGCUGAGAGCUCAUGAAGUGGAAGAACAAUUUGCAAUUUGAUACCAGAAUCUGAUGAUAAAGUGAUUAUGCAUUUAUUGGUAUUAAGUCGUGGAAAAUUCAUGGUUCUGUGGCAUAAAUAAGAAUUGUAGAAUAAAUAGUUUUGAGUUAGGUGAAAUUGCAAAAUUGUUGCCAAAUAGAAAAAGAAAUCAAUACAAAUAUGGAACAAGAAAUAGUAUUCUGACAAAUCCUUGUCCUUCUAAUUUGCAAUCUACAAUAUCACAUCUCAGUAUUUAAUCUGAUUUCAACAACUGAACCAGCCCAUACAAAGAACUAUAGAGAAUAAAUUAAGCAUUCUAGAAGUAGAUAUGAAUCUGGAAUUCAGGAAGGGUGGGUGAACAUAGAGAAAAUUAUGAUCGUCAAGGAGAUAGUGGUGAAAUGUAAUUCGAACUGUGAACUUAGAACUCAUUGGGUUUUUUAUAUACUUCAUCCUAAGGUUUCAAAGAAGUGGUUGUGAGGGAACUGAAGUGUAAGUUUUAAUUUUCCAAAAUUUCCUUGAUUCUGGGAUGGUUCCAAUAAAUCGGAAAAUAGUAAAUCAACCCCCCCCCCCCACCCCCAUUGAGAAAGGGAGAGAUAGAAGGCAGGAAUCUGUAGCUUAGUUAGCUUAUAAUCCGUCAAACAGAACAUGUUAGUCGAAGUCAAGGUACAUUUAUUAUCAAAAAAUGUAUAAAUUAUAAAACCUUGUUUACUUACAGGCAGCCACAUUUCAAAAAACCUGAAAAAACACAAUUAAAGAAAACAAAUUAAAAAAUGAGAAAAUCUGCAGAUGCUGGAAAUCCAAGCAACACACACAAAAUGCUGGAGGACCUCAGCAGGCCAGGCAGCAUCUGUGGGAACGGGUACAGUCAACAUUUAGGACUGAAACCCUUUGCCAGGACUGGAGAAGAAAAGAUGAAGAGUCUGAGUAAUAAAGUGGAGGGGGGAGGAAGAACCACAAGGUGCUAGGUGAAACCUGGGUGAGGGGGAGUGGUGAAAUAAAGAGCCGGGAAGUUGAUUCAUGAAAGAGUUACAGAGUUGGAGAAGGGGCAGUCUGAUAGGUGAGGGUACAAGGCCAUGGAAGAAAGAAAAGGGAGGGAGAGCACCAGAGGGAGGUGAGAGAGGGAAUGGGAAAUGGUGAAGGGGAGGGCAUUACUGGAAGUUCGAGAAAUUGAUGUUCAUGCCAUCAGGUUGUAGGCCACCCAGAUGGAAUAUCAGGUGUUGCUCCUCCAACCUGCGAGUGUCCUCACUGUGAUAGUAGAGGGGCAUGCGCUGACAUGUUGGAAUGGAGGUGGGAAAUGGAGUUUAAAUGGGUGGUUGCUGAGAAAUCCCACUUUCUCUGGUAGAUGAAGUGUAGGUGCUCCACGAAGGUGUCUCCCAAACUAUGUCGGGUCUCGCAAAUACAGAGGAGGCCACACCAGGAGCACCAGAUAAAGAAGAUGACCCCAACAGAUUCACAGUUGUCGCCUCACCUGGAAGGGCUGUCUGGGGUCCUGAAUGAUAGUGAGGGAGGAGGUGUAGGGGUGAGUGUAGCACUUGUUCCACUUGCAAGGAUAAGUGCGAGGAGGAAAAUCAGUUGGGAGGGACAAAUGGACAAGGGAGGGUCAAUUCCUGUGGAAAGCAGAAAGUGGGAGGGGUGGAGGGAGAUAUGUGCUUGGUGGUGGGAUUCUACUGGAGAUGGCGGAAAUUACAGAGAGUUGUGUACUGGAUGCGGAGGCUGGUGGGGCGGUAGGUGAGAACAAGAGGAACCUUAUCCGUGGUGGGGUGAGGUCAGAUGUGUGCAGAAUGGAAGAGCUGUAGUUGAAGGCAGCAUUGAUGGUGGAGGAAGUGAAUCCCCUUUGAAGGAAGAGGACAUCUCCUUCAUUCUGGAAUGAAAAGCCUCAUCCUGAGGUCAGCUGCAGCAGAGACAGAGGAAUUGAGAGAAGGGGAUGGGGUUCUUACAAGUAGCAGGAUGGGAGGAGGUAUAGCCCAGGUAGCUGUGAGAGUCAGUGGGUUUAUAAUCAACAUCAAUAGGUAAGCUGUCUAUAGAGAUAGAGACAGAGAGAUGGAGAAAGGGGAGUGAUUAGUCAGAAAUGGACCAAGUGAAUUUGAGGGCAGAGUGGAAGUUGGAAGCAAAGUUGAAGAAGUUGAUGAGCUCCACGUGGGUGCAUGGAUGUAAGUAGGAAGGGACUGAACCGGAGGAUAAAAUGGAGUCAAGGUGGGCAGAUAUAAAUUUAGUGGGGCACAAACAAUGAGUCUACCUGGACAAGCAGGUUUUUGAGCUUGGGUAGGAGGUAGAAAUGGGAGGUGCGGGUUGAGGGAACUAUGAGGUUGUUGGUAAUGGAUUAAAGACCAACACUCGAUGUGCAAGAGAUAGGAAAAAAAACACAAAUGCAGACAAUCGAAGUGAACAACAACAUUCUGAACCAAAUUGGGUCCUUAGAUCUGAACCCUGGAGUAGGCCCAAAGUAGGCUGGGGAAGUUAGAAGAUAUUCUUGAAAAUACUAUGGUUCUUCGGGGAAUAUUCAGGCUACCUGGCAAAGUCAAUGUGCUUUUGAAAAGGGAAUCACAUUUUAGAUUAGAUUAGAUUAGAUUCAACUUUAUUGUUGUUGUGCCAGGUACAGUUACAAGUUCAAUGAAAUGCAGUUAGCAUCUAACCAGAAAUGCAAAGAAUAGUGUUAUUUUCAAAAUAACUGUGAAUUAAAAGUAAGUGCUACAGCACACAAAUUUAAAAUUACUGAGACAGUACAAUAUGGGUGCAAUACUGCUUAGUGCUGUGAUGUGAGGUUCAGCAGGGUCACGGCAUCAGGGAAGAAGCUCUUCCUGUGCCUGCUGGUGCGGGAGCGGAGGCUCCUGUAGCACCUACUGAAUGGGAGGAGAGUAAAAAGUCCAUGGUUAGCUUUAUCCUUGAUAAUGCUUUUCACCCUGCCCAGGCAGUGUUUAUGGUAGAUGUUCUCAAUGGUGGGCAAUUGGGUGCCUAUAAUCUGCUGGGCAGUUUUCACCACACGCUGGAGUGCUUUGCGAUCCGAUACAGGACAAUUGUCAUACCACGCUGAGAUGUAGCUGGUGAGUAUGCUUUCAAUGGUACAGCAGUAAAAGUCCGUCAGUGUCCUGGGACAGAAGUGAGCUUUCUUGAUGCUCCGCAGGAAGAAAAGGCACUGUUGCACCUUUUUGAUCAGGAUGGAGGAGUUCAGGGACCAGGUGAGAUCCUCGGAAAUGUGGACACCAAGGAAUUUGAAGCUUGAGACAUGCUCCACUACAGCUCCAUUGAUGUAGAGGGGGACGUGAGUGUGGCUUCUAGCAUGCCUGAAAUUCACAAUGAUCUUGGUCUUCUGGGUGUUAAGGGCCAGGCUGUUGUCAGCACACCACACGGCCAGGUGCUGGACCUCAUUCCUGUAGGCCAUCUUGUCAUCCCCUCUGAUCAGGCCAACCACUGUGGUGUCCUCUGCAAACUUGAUUAUGGAGUUAGGACCAUACACAGGAAUGCAGUCAUAGGUGAAAAGGGAGUACAGAAGAGGGCUCAGGGUGCUCAGGGUGAGAGUGGAGGAGGAGAGGUUGUCUAACUUAACAGAUUGGAGUCUGUUUGUCAGAAAGUCCGAUGUCCAAUUGCAGAGGGAUGAGCUGAUACCAAGCUGGCGAAGUUUGACCAAUUAAUUUGAUCAAUCAGAAUUUUUAGAAAAUUAUAUGUGAGUUGAUGAUAAAGACAGAUUAUUGGUACUUAGGUUAUCUGCAGGCAUUUGAUGAGGCACUAUACUAAAUAUGAUUGUGAUAAAUAAAAGUUCAUGGUAUAAGAGGUUUACACAUUAGAAGAAUGGUUGAAUAACAGGAAAUCGUGGUUAAUGUAAUGAAUAGUGUGCCAUAGGACAUUACUGUAGUCUCAAGAAUUUACAAGUCAUCCAUCUAGUGGAUAAAGAAGAUUAAAAUGUAGUUGCUAAAUUUGGUAGCAUCAAAGUAUCAAAAAUAAAUUUUACAAGUAUAUUAUCUUUCUGCAGAGAAAUUGCAGAACUCUGAGAAGCGAAGUGAUAAUGACGUAUUCUGAUUCACAAAAGGCUAAAGUGCAGCUGUUAGAAAGUUAACAGAAUAUUAUAGUUGACUGUUAGCAGAAUUGAACACAAGAAGGGGGAUUAUGUAAAGCAUUGAUGAUUUCAUGUCUUGAAUAUUGUGUAUAGUAUUGGUCUUAUUUAAUAAAGAAUGUAAAUCUGAAGUAAUUCAGAGAAGAAUUUCAAAUGUUAAUAUGACAAAGUAUUGAGCAGGCUAAGGUUGCAUUCACUUGAAUCUACCAGACUGGGAGAUUUUGCUGAAAUAUGUAAGGUUCUGAAGAAUAUUUCUAGGGUAAAUCUGGAAAGUGUUCCUUCCUGUCGGAGGAUCACUGUUGAAAGGUGAGUGUUUGCCCGUUUAAGACAGAGAUGAGCCAUUUAGUUCCUUAGCAAGUCUUUCAGCAGAUAUUGUCUUCCUUAAGUGGUAGUAGAAACAGAGUUGAAUAUUUUUAAAACUAAGCUGCAUAGAAAUAUAGAAAACCUACAGCACAAUACAGGCCCUUUGGUGCAUGAUAAGCAAAACGAUAAACAGUUAUCCAAAGUCGAAUGUGAAGUUAACAUUACAAUCUAUGGUGUCUUUAUGUAUUGAUGGAGAAUACUCCUCCUGCUCCCAAUUUAUACAUGUGUAUGAUCAGAAGGAAGGAUACGUGCAUGUCCUGUAAUGGUAACAUGUUUUACAGAUAUCUGGAGAUAUUAAUAUUGUCUGUUUACUGUUAAUUCUUCAGCAAGUCUCAAAAGCAGCGAUGGGGGUAAUUUGUAUUUUAUAUGAUAACUGACAGAGAAAUAUUAAACAUAACAUCAGGAGUAAUUGUUAUUGGAUAGUUAUGCAGGGCUUUUAAUAUCUGCCUGAAGUUAUGGAGAGGUCAAAAAGUACAUUUUAAGUAGUCUUUCUUUAUAAAAUUAAUUACUUAUUUGUGGAGCACAUUGUGAAGAGUUAUUUGAUUUAACAUUGUAUGUUUUUAAUAAAAAUAAAAUUAUUCCAGUCUA